GAGAUAUCAUCACCGAUGUACCCAACACAGAAAGCAAUGAGAUCUACCAAAGAGAUCGACCGAAAGAUAUCCUAGAACCAGAAUUACUUCCAGUACUACAUGGGAACGAUACUAGGUGUCGGAUAUCCGAGUAUCUUUGUACUAAUAAGAAGUGUGUGCCUAUAAACAGAUACUGUGAUGGCACGAACGACUGCGGAGAUUCCUCAGAUGAGCCGAGACAUUGUACACGUUGCAACAGAACGUAUUAUGGUGACAUUGGACGGACAUACGAACUGGAACUCCAUCGCCCUAGAGAAGAUUUAGUGCCGUAUGUGUGUCUGAUCACCAUCUCAGCUCCAGGAGGUAUCCACGGAGAUUUAGUACAGGUCCUCUUCGACAGCUUCACCCUCGGUCGCUUCACGUCGUUCACCGAAGACGGAUGUCCUGAUGGCUACAUGCAAAUCCAGGAAGCAAGCCGACCCCAAGUCGGGGGCUCUUGGUGUGGGACCUCCUGGGGCCCGUCUAUGUAUUACAGCGAGACCAAAUCAAUAACCCUCAUAAUACGACUGCUCCAUCUAUCGAAAGACCAGAAUAACUAUAAUUUCGAUUUUCGAAUGGCGUACAAGGUUCUGCGAAGGGAGUAUGCAACUGUUCGAUAUGGAGGCUCCCCGCCGUCGGAGCGUCCAUUUUUCAAGCUCAGACCGAUGCCUUAUCCCGUAAACAUAUCACGCGGCGACGACACGACUGUCUCUAAGCCUAAAAGCGGCGAGUAUUACCUCGGAGAUCUCAUCUCCGGGACUUAUUGCUCCAGAAUCUUCAGCGACUGCGACCGCAAAAACUGUAGGCUCCAAUCACCCAAUUUCCCAGGCGUGUAUCCGAGAAACUUGACAUGUUAUUACGCUGUACGGCAACAUGAGGUGCCUCAAGGGAAACACGCGCUCAUCGUAGUAAAACAACCUAAUGGACAGCUAGUUUCCAUUAGAAGUCAGAAAGCAUUGUAUUCACCACAGCAAGAGAGAGGAAAUAAUGGAAGGGAGUUGAAAUUCUGGCAACAGUGUGAUGAAGUGCAGGAUUAUGUGACAGUGUACGAUGGUUACACCACGAGAGAUCCUGUUAUCUUGAGGUUUUGUGGCGGGGGAGUGUCGGUGCCUGAAGCGAUAUCAAGUGGGCCGGAGCUACUGGUGGAGUUUACGACGUCACCGUUCGGGACGUUUCUGCAGCCGGCCACAGCGCAGUCUUUACAUGGAUUUCAGUUGGAAGUUGAAGUCAGAUUCGUGGAUCAACAGUCCCCCACAUACGCGAAAAACAAAAGGGCCUGCGAAUUCUGGAUAAGGGGGACCGGGAGGGGGGUACUGGAACACCCCCAACAUUCCCUGCCUCCGAACACGACGUGCCUUUAUCAUAUGCAAGGAAUCGAUACCUCAGGUCCAUCAGGAAGAAACAUCAUAUACAGGCGGACGUCAUUUUCAGCCCCUCGAUUCAGAGUAUGGUUUUCCGUUCUGAAAUUCUACGUGACAAAUGCGCUAAACCCCAACUUGCCGGAGGACGAGUACUGUGGCAGCCAUUUAAAUAUAUGGGACGGACCAAUGAGAAUCUCUCCCGGUUGCAGCGACAUUUUUUGUGACAAAGAAAGAUCAGUGCAAAUGUCUCGAGCAACAUCGCCGCAGUCUGUGAUUGUCGGACGUCCUCCAACAAACGCAACGUUAGUCGCACGGUUUUGUCGCGAGCGUGCACCCCGAACUUGUGAGCAUGCGCUGUUGAGGAAGUCAAGAGCGUGUGCGCGAACAGAAAGUUUCCUGUCCAAGGGUGAUUCUCUAACCCUGGAGCUAAAACUGACACAAGGAACAGCUCUGAAACCAAUAUUCUUCAAAGCGCUCUACGAAUUUGUAGACUUGCAUCAAGAUGGGGAACCCUGGGGCCGAGGACUCUGUUCCCGUAGAUUUGCAUCAAGAUCUUUCCCAGAAGCUCCACCAGACCCGCCUGUGACUUUUUCUUCACCAAGAGAUGUGUUUUUGUAUGGCCGAGGUGGCUCAAGAAAUAUAAGUUGCACUUACCGUUUCGAAGCUAACCCAGGGGAGGUAGUGCGGCUGCGAGUCUGGGGCAUUAGAAGCGGAGGUCGGCUGUGUCGGUCAGUCCACUCCGCCCACUCGCCUUGGUAUCGGUGCGCUGGGGAUCCCACUGCUGCUGUGAGGAUCUUCGACAGACCUUGGAAGAAUAGCGGGCCCGGGGUGCCGAGAGACUGUCUUUGCAGUGACAUGAGCGACUACGAGUUCACAUCUACUGGUACAGUCGCCGAACUGAAAUUCGACGUAGUCAACAUGACGGCGGUCGACGAUUUUCGGUCCUUCGGCUUCGAAGCGUCAGUGGAAUUUGUUAGGCUGGACACGCAAUGUGAAAGCUCUCACAGGGUAUUUGGGCCUAGCGGGAAUUUGAGGUUGUCUUCCUCUGCUUCGCAUGGGAGUGAACAGAGUCGUUGCGAGCACCGUCCGUGGUUAAUCGACCCUUCACCCGGCCGCUACCUCUACCUCCAAAUCCGGGGCCGCAUCAUCAAGGAGCCAAUCCUGGACAACUUCACUCUUCUGAACAACAUCACAGUAGCACCAGACCUCAGGCAUCUGUGUCGAACACAGAACCGGUUGGCGGUGUACGCUGGUGGAUUGUCACCUAUUUUUAUUUGCCCGGAUCCACCCGAUGAUCAGUAUGAAGAAACCGUAGAGAUAUUCUCGGACGGGUGGUCUAAGGAAGUGGACCAUCUGGCUCGCCACGUGCUGGCGCCUCCGCCUUCCCCGGACAGGUUCGACCUGGACUGGCCCAGGUCUUUGUCCGUGGAGCUGAUCGCGGUGGAGAGCGGCUCGUAUUACGUCACGUGGCUGGAACUUUCUAGAAGACAUGCAAGCGAACGGGGCGGUGUCUUCGCGUUAUCGGGGGACUGCGAGUACCGUUGUUCAUCUUUGGACGCAUGCAUAGCACCGGACCUCUGGUGCGAUGGCGUCGCACAGUGCCCUCAGGGAGAAGACGAGAGGCUGGCGCAGUGCUCCGCUUUGCUAAGGGUGCCGGCGCACUAUGCCGCUGCUAUGUUGGCGUUCUCAAUCCUGGCGGCUUUUGCUGUGAUAGCGGCAGCCCGUUCGUGUCGCCGUCGUCGCUCCGCCUUACAGCAGCGUCUCAAGAGCCUCUCCUCGGACACUGCCAUCUUCGACGAGAAAGAAGUGAUUUGCUGACCAAGCGAGGACUCUGUGCGAUACGUGGAAAUAGACCGCGUCACCACGGUGUGAUGCUUCCACGCACAGGGUCCUGGUAACAGAUUCGUUUGGACUGAUUUUGAGUCUUGUCUGAAGAGAGUUAGAACUGCUUUUUCAGUUCUAGUGUGGUUUUAAGAGUCAUUGAGCGUGCCAGUUUUUGGCUGUUUGCAAUGAGGUUGAUUGGGUUUUGGACGAUUUUAAUGUUCCACACAAUUUUAGUUACUUGUCCGUAUAACUCAGUUGUCAUUUUCAUGAGUACGUAACGUGUGUAACGAUUUUUAUCUAUAGUAAAUUUUUGGUAACGUUUAUUUACUACAUGAUUCUUGCAAAUAAUAUUGAUUUGGUUACAUAAAAUUUGUCUGCCUAUUUAUUGUGUACCUAUUUGUCACUUGAUUUUCUAUUAUUAUUAUGUUUUACUGCAUUUUAUUAAACAUUACUUAUUAGAUUUUCGUAAUGGAACAAAAUGAGAGUGUUCACGAAGUCCUGAAAAGGCACAAUAAGACAGAUUUAUAAGGUUAAUGCCGUAUCAUCAAGUUUGAAUAAUUCUUGAAUCGGUACAUUUUAAAACGUUCAACUGUUGAGUCUAUAUUAUUAUAUGUAAAUAAUGAUGAUGAUGUUAAUAAUGUAGUGGAAAUAGAUGGAAUGUUAUUAUAUCGGACCAAGUGCAGUCGAUCGGUGGCCAAAACGGCUCUUGUGACUUGGAAUGUACCUCAUCAUUAUAAAAUGCCUUUUUUAAUUAUGAGAUCAUAUAUGUGAAAUUGCAUUUUUUUAUCAUCAAAUAAAUAAAAUUUUAAUGUAAGUUAUUCACGAGAGAAUACAGAUUUCAAUCAUAAAAAUUAUCACAUUUUUUUUCACUACCCAUUCGAUUACUUUUACUGAUCCGUGGCAAUUUAUUCGGAGCUCUUUAAAAUAAACCAAUCACAUCUCUCCAAAUUUGCCAACACAAACCUGAUUGGUAGAAUUCUAAACAUGUCCGUGCGAGUACACUUGAACAUGCAUUUUUCUACGUGCACAUGUAACUGGAUGGAAGUAAAAUUUCAUUGGUGUUCCUUGAGUAUGAAAGUUGAAAUGAAAACUAACGCACAAUGUAUGCAUUUACUUACAAGUAUGAUUGACCGAUCGGCUCAAAGCACAUUUCGAGUAGGUACAUGUAGGUGACAUAUGAUUGUGAUUUGCCAUGUAUCUUAGACUAAAAAGGGAAGACUAACUUAUAAUUUGAAAUAAUAUUUACUAUGAAUGAAGUUAUAUCAAAAUUACAUAAUUUAUUUUAAAAUGCUUAUGGGCUCCUCUCCAGAGAGGUGAGAAUAUAACCGGGACUAAGAGGAAAAUCAUAUCGAAGGUAUUAUUUUUAUCGGAAAUGUAAACCCUUCGCCUCAAUUCAUAAUACUAAUAUCCAAAAUACUGGAGUAAUAUUCCGAAUUGGAAACUAGGCUUCGUUUUCCAUUGUUCUGUUUUGUAAAAAGUAUGUCGGUGACAAGAAAUGCUUGUACUAAAAUUUGGAAUUUUGAUAUUUGGAUGCUCGAGUUCGACAGGUAAGCCAUCAGGCACAUAACACAUUGCCAUAAGUUGAUUUUAAUUUUGGCGAAAGAAAAAUAAAUGUGUAAAUCAAAGAAAUAUACUUAUAUAUCUUGGUAAAGAAAUGAAUAGAUAAAAUUAGCCUUUAUUCGAGGUACAGCUUACAAGUUUUAUUUUUAAAGAAACGGUUCCCCUUUUCAGUCGUAAAUUGUAAAUAAAAUUUUGAGUAUGAGUAGUCCCAUCAAGGUUCGUUAUUAUAUUUAGCUUUAGGGAGGACGAGGCAAUAAUUUUAUUUAUACCAAGUAUAGAAAUCUAAGUAAAAGAGGUUGUUUUAUUUAGAUUUCUGUCUAAUCAUUAUUGAAUCUAUGGUUACAAGUUAAAAUCUGUGUUCUAAAUAUUACUCUAAAUUCGUAUACGUGAUAUGAAACUGCCAUUUUUGUAAGGAUUCGAGUUCAAUUAACGAAGUUAGUAAGUUUUACUUUAUUUUCUUGACUUAAUGAUUAAUUUUGAGAUGUGUUAUUCUCAAGUUUCAGUGGAUGGUUUGAUACAUCCAUUCGCAGCCGUAGACUUACUCGUACAUAAUAAAAAUUUGAUGUAUGAAUAUUAUUAAAUAAACAAUCGAAAACUAAUUUUCGUGCUGUAGUGACGUAAAGUACAGAUAGACAUGCAUAUAAAAGUUUAAUUUAUUUCCUUUCAAUCUCAAUUCCAUCAUAAGCCAUACCUGGUUAACAUGGAAUUUCAGUUUUUUUGAAACUGUUGUCACUGUCUACCCAUAAGGGAUAAAGGCGUCAUCAUAUGUAUGUUUGUUUGUAUAUAGAUACUCCUAUCAAAUACUGCUGAUAAAGGCAUUUAAAAUUACAAAUUAAUUUGAUUAAUAAAAUUCUGCUUCAUUUUGACAUUAACUGAAAUAAAUAAAAUAAAAAAUAAAAAAAUUGUUUUGAAUUUUAUGUACGUGUAUGAGAUGAUACUUUGUUAAUCAAUGAGUGUAGUUUCAAAGCAUGAUCAAUUCUUUAGAUACAUGAUUUAAAUAAACAUGUGUAUCUGUACCUUAAUGUUGGAAUAUCCUACUUAAAUAAAUUGCUAAUGUAAAUAAAACUAAAACUAUUCAUAUCUUAGAAAUGUAUUGAAGUGAUAUAUGUUUGUUUCCCAAGGAAAUUAUUAAAGUUUAUAAUAUCGCGUUAACUAUUAGUGAAAUUGUAGAAAACUUGAUAUUAAAUGAAGACAAUUUACAAUGGAAACAAAAUAAACGAUAACAUAAAAAAUUGUUUACUGUUAAAUAAAUAGAUAUUUGCUAAUUUUAGUGUAAUUACCUACAUUUAAAUGAAAGUCUCCUUGGAAAAAAUAAAUAACAUAAAAAAUAAAUAUAUUCCCUUGAAUUGUCUCAUUUAAGUCAAUUUUAGAAAUAAUGAUCUAGAGAUUCGAAUAUUUGAAUUUUUAGAUAGGAAAUAAACGGAUGAAAUUAGUCAGAAUUUAAGAUUUUCUUAUUUAUAUUGUGCUUUUAAAAUUUGUAUUACAACAUUAAAUUCGUUUAUUUUUUUAUUAAUAUUUUAAUUUCGUUACGUAAAACAAAAAUUAUAGAAAGUUUUUAUCGUCUUCCAUAAUGUAUAAUUCCAGAUUUCGUUUCCUCGGUUUCUCCAUAUCAAACGAUUAGUAACGGGAACUUAUUAAACCAAUCACAUGUUAUCCUGGAAGACAAUAAUAAUGAAUAAUAGCUGUAUAAGCAGAGAUACCUAA